ACCUUCUGUCGCCACUACGAAACUUCCAGCACCACGUGUCAUUUCCGUCCAGUCUCCACCUCCAUAUAUAAACCAUCUUGCUUGACAAAUUCUAGUCAGGCAGCGAAUUAUAAGCAGAAUUCAACAGAGGAAGCUUUUGUUGGGAAUUUUUGUUAAGGCAUGGCUAGUGAUCAGGAUCAAUUCAGGGUUGUAUCCCCUGCCAUAAACCAUGAAGGAAAGUUACCAAGGAAGUACACAGACGAAGGUCAAGGUGCAAAGAAGAAUCUGUCUCCCCCACUAGAAUGGUACAAUAUGCCAGAGGGGACUCAGUCGCUGGCCCUGGUGGUGGAAGACAUAGAUGCACCUGAACCCAGCGACCCGACUAACAUACCGCCUAUGUUGAAGGGUCUCCCUGAGGGAUUCUCCGGAAAGGAAGAGGAGGCAGGUGGAGAUUAUGCUACCAUCAAAGAAGGCAACAAUGAUCACAAGGUUCCUGGAUGGCGAGGACCCAAGUUACCCUCUCAUGGCCACCGUUUCCAGUUCAGGCUAUUUGCUUUGGAUGAUCAGUUGAAACUUGGCCACAAAGUGACCAAGGAGAAGCUGCUAGAAGCAACCGAAGGACAUGUACUGGGUGAAGCAGUAUUGACGACCAAGUUUUGA